GAAUCCACAUGCGGUGAUUGUGAAAUUUUCUGAUCAAUAAACUCCGAUUUCUCGCGAAAUGCCGAAGAAAAAAAAGUUACAGGCCGCGGGAGGCCUUGGCAGAAGUAUAAUCAAAGACAGAUUUGGUAAAAAUAGGAAGAAAAUGAAAGAGAAUAGCUCUCUUCACACCACUGAACUCGAUGAUGGUUACGAGUGGGGCCGCCUGAAUCUGCAAUCCGUCACAGAGCAGUCGACUCUUGAUGAUUUCCUGACGACUGCCGCAUUGGCAGGCACAGAGUUCAAUGCAGAGAAACUGAAUGUAAAAUUCAUCGACCCUGAAAGGUCUUCCGGCUUGCUAUCCGAGCAGGCGAAGCAGGAUGUGGAGAAAGUGCAGGAGGAGUACAAGUCGUGCUUGAAGAUUCCGCGGAGGCCGUUGUGGGAUGAAUUAACAACACCUGAAGAGCUGGACCGAUUGGAGAAGGAUAAUUUUCUGAAGUGGAGGAGGGAGUUGGCAUUGUUACAAGAGAAAGAGCAUCUUGUCAUGACUCCGUUUGAGAAAAAUCUCGAGUUUUGGCGGCAGUUGUGGAGGGUGAUUGAAAGAAGCGACAUUAUUGUACAGAUCGUGGAUGCGCGGAACCCGCUCUUGUUCAGAUGUGAGGACCUAGAAGUCUACGUGAAGGAGGUCAACCCGAAUAAGGUCAAUGCCAUCUUGGUGAAUAAAGCAGACCUGCUCUCACAGAAACAGAGGGACAUGUGGGCAGACUACUUCAGUAAUAUCGGAGUCCAAGUUCUGUUCUGGUCAGCCAUGCUGGAGACAGAGAAACUGAAAGUGAAGAAACAAGAGGAUGGAAGCAAUGACGAGGAGAGUGCUUAUGAUGAUGGUGAUGAUGAUGAUGAUGAUGAUAAUGAUGAUGAAGACGAUGAUGAUGAGGAGGAGGAGGAGGAGGAUGCUGAUAAAAAUGAUGACUCUGUCGAAGAGGAAGAAGACAUUCAAAGUGAUGAAGCUGACACUUCCGAAGGGGAAAAGAUGGAUUGUAUCCAUGGUGAAAAAACUAGUGGUGAGGGGCCUAAAGGAGUUGAUACGAUGGAAACUUGCGAGAAAGGCUUGAGUGGUGCUGGUGAAAUGUCUUGUGAAUCUGGGGGCGAUAAACGGACUGAAUUAUAUGAAAUGGACACAGGUGAAAAGCAGAGGUCUGACUCUGUUGACAUUGACCAAAAUGGUGUUCACAACAGUGGGAGUUUGUUAUCAGGGACUGAGUUAUUAGAGGCACUAAAAGACUUGCAUCACAGUGAGAAAUACACCCCCGGACAGACUACCAUUGGUCUGGUUGGGUAUCCGAACGUUGGCAAGAGUUCGACGAUCAACGCCAUCUUGGAGAUGAAGAAGGUACCUGUGUCGGCGACACCUGGACGGACGAAACAUUUCCAGACGUUAUAUGUAGAGCAGACGUUGAUGUUAUGCGAUUGUCCCGGUCUUGUCAUGCCAUCAUUCGUCUCCACCAAAGCGGACAUGGUCAUCAGUGGCAUCCUACCGAUUGAUCAGAUGAGGGACUACAUACCACCAGUCGCUCGAGUCUGUCAGCUGAUACCUAGGAAGAUCCUGGAAGAGAUUUAUGGUAUCAAUAUCCGCAAGCCGCGGGAAGGUGAAGAUCCACACCGGCCUCCUACAGCGCAUGAACUGCUGACUUGCUAUGGAUAUGCGAGGGGCUUCAUGACCCACAAGGGCAUCCCAGAUCUUUCAAGAGCAAGUAGAUACAUACUCAAAGAUUUUGUCAAUGGUAAACUACGGUACUGUCAUCCACCACCAGAGGUUGAUUUGAUCGAGUUCGAACCCGUCCUGCCACCGCCUGAAAAGCCUCUACCUUUCAAACACAAGGGGAAGGCCCUGCGGAGAGCUGCUAAAGAAAGUCUCGCGGAACCGCAAACGUUUACCAGUGAAAUAGAUCAGGCAUUCUUUGCAAAGAGUCAGCACAAGGUGCGUAGUAAGGGUGUCCACGGCGUCGAGGGGUACAAACGUGUCGAGGGGUUGGCAACGCAUCUUUCCGAGGCAGCUGGUUCCGAGGCUGGCAGUAUUUCGGGUAGUGUGACAACGAUCAAUGGAAAACCAUGGAAACGCCACAACAAUCGACAGAAGAAAGAGAAACUGCGACGAAAACAUGUGACUUUGGAUCAGCAUGAUGUUCUAUUGUGCAUGUAAAGACUGAUGAUUAAUUUAGACUAGUGAAGCCAACCUGUCAAAAGGGCAGCUUGGUUUAGUGGUAUGUUGGUUUUCUUCCAGUAGGCCCGCCCCGCCUAGUUGUACCUUCAGAUAUUCUGGUUCUUCAACCGUGUACAAAUUCAGUAGGUCCUCCAGUCAUCUUAACAGACACCUCUGUUCAACCUGGAUGUAGCCGUCUAUUAGAGGCAGUAUUCAUCUGGCCUAUCACCCCAUACAUCUUUACAAGCAACAAGCUCAAGGAUGGUAUUACCUCGAUUUUGCUGUUCCUGUUCCUCCCUGUGUAAUAUAUAUAGGAAUACAGCUGCUGAAUAUGUUAGCACUGCUUGGUGAGGUUAACCGAGUGGGAUUUAUAAGUAGAUAGUCUGAUCAGUUAGACAGUGCAGCUAACAUUAGAUCUGCAGUUAUAGGCCAGAUGAAUGCUUCUUCUAAUACACUGCCUCUUGAUGACACAGUAUCAGGUUUCACAUCUUCUUUGUAUACAUUCAUGCAAAAUAAAAUUAAUUCUCUCA